AUGUGCUCCCGCCAGGACAGGGACCAGUGCCACCAGCAGGAACGCUGGACGCGCUCCGGUGGCGGCUGCCACAGCUCCGGUGGUGGCGGCUGCCACAGCUCCGGUGGUGGCGGCUGCCACAGCUCCGGUGGCAGCUCCGGGGGCUGUCACAGCUCCGGUGGCAGCUCCGGGGGUUGUCACAGCUCAGGGGGUGGCGGCUGUCACAGCUCCGGCGGCUCCGGCUGUCACAGCUCCGGCGGCUCCGGCUGCCAUGGGAAGCCGCAGAUGCAGCGCCCGCAGCAGCAGCAGCAGCAGCAGCAGCAGCAGGUGCCGCAGAUGCCGCAGCAGAAGAUGAAGUGA